CCUCCCCGCGCACCACCACCCACCAGCCAAACCUUUGGGGAAGAAUGGCUCCCACACCCUUCGGCGCCCCGAUGCGCCAACACUUCCUCCUCGACCCGAGCUAUCGCAAUCUGAACCACGGCUCCUUCGGCACCUAUCCCUCCCCCCUCCUCGCAACCCAACGCAGCCUCCAACGCCUCGCCGAAUCCUCCCCCGACGAAUUCCUACGCUACACGCAACCCACCGCCCUGCUCACCGCGCGCCACGCUGUGGCCGGUCUCCUCAACUGUCCCCCGCAGGACGUCGUAACCGUCAAAAACGCAACCACGGGGGUAGCGACCGUGCUCCACAACCUCGCCCCCCAUUUCGAGGCCGGCGAUGUCUUACUGUACUUCUCCACGAUCUACGGCGCCGUCGAGAACGGGCUGUUCUCGCUGGUCGAGCACCUCCCGGGGACGCACCUGCGGCUGCGGAAGAUCGAGUAUGCGUUUCCGAUCGCCCCGAACGAGCUGGUGCAGCGGUUCCGGGACACGAUCCGGGCGGUGAGGACGGAGGGAGGCACGCCGCGGAUCGCGGUGCUGGAGACGGUCGUCAGCCUUCCCGGGGUGCGGUUUCCUUUCGAACACAUUGUGAAGGUGUGUCGGGAGGAGGGGGUGUGGAGUCUGGUGGAUGCGGCGCAUGGGGUGGGGAUGAUUCCUUUGGAUCUGGGGGUCGGGGGCGUGGACUUUCUCACGAGUAAUCUGCACAAGUGGCUCUACACCCCCCGCAGCGCGGCGAUCCUCUACGUCACCCCCGCCCUGCAACCCCUCAUGCGCACCACCCUCCCCACCUCCUGGGGCUACAUCCCCGCGCCAUCCGAGACGACCCCCAGACCCUCGCUGAUGGCAACGCCCGGCGCGAACAAGACGGCGUUCGAGGCGCUGUUCGAGUUCGUCGCCACCGCCGACGAUACGCCGUACCUCUGUGCGCCGGCCGCGGUGCAGUUCAGGGAGGAGGUGUGCGGCGGCGAGCGCGCGAUCUACGCCUACCUCGAGGAGCUGGCGAACGAGGGCGCGGAUCUGGUGGCGAGCGGACUGGGGACGGAGGUGUUGGGGGAUACACCCCGGAAAAGGAGUGCGUGGAGGCGCUGUGCCAUGAAUAAUGUGCGGUUGCCGGUGAGGGUUUUGCAUGGCCCUCAGGGAGGGGAAGGGGGGGUGGCACCCGGGCUGCGAGCGGAGCUGGUCCCCGCGGUGGUGGAUUGGAUGCAGAGGAGGCUGGUCCAGGAGUACCGCACGUUCGUGCCUGUCUUUGCCCAUGCGGGGUGGCUGUGGGUGCGCUUGUCGGCGCAGGUCUACCUCGACCGCAGCGAUUUCGAGUGGUUGGUGCCCGUGUUGAAGGAGUUGGUCGGUCGUGUCACGGAGGAGUUUAAGCUUGGGAAGGUGUCGCCGCACCUGUAGCGGCAGAUGCAACAGAUACCACAAACUACAGAGACUAAGCUCAUACGCUAGACACCAACAAAUUCUGCAAUGAUAUACAACUACGCGAAUAUAUGCAGGCCGUAGGAACAGCAUCACAGCAAACAC